CGGCGACGCUCUGGGCGCGGGCUCGGCGCUCCCUUCCCGGCGGUCCCCGCGGCGGCAGCGCGCGGCUCUCCCGCUCUGUGACCUUCGCUGCCCGCCCGCGCUCUCCUGGCCCUCACGAUGGUGCAGACAAUGCUUCCAAAGUCAUUGAGAGCCAUGAAAUUCUACUUUACUACUGUGUAUCAAGAAAUAUGGGUUGGUGUAGCAUUAACAGCUUAUGCCUAUUACAAAAUCUCAUAUGGUGGCAAAAAAGCAGUGGCAGAUAAGUCCUCUGGUGCUGGCCAUCAUUAAAGACCUCUUCUCUUCUUGGAGUAUGAACUUGGUGGUUCGUCAUCUUGACUGUAAAUGAAGCAAGUUACAGCCAUAGCAAAGUAAAUUCUAAAACUGUACCUGAUCCAUCUGUUGUAAUUAGAGAAAGAAUAAAUCCAUUGAGCAACAAGGAAUUAAACAUGUUGAACAAAG